AUGUCCAUGAGCCCGCCUUAUGAAGCGAGUUUUCACGAGCUGAAGCUCACACAUGGGAAUAUGAGUCGACACAGCUCUCUUAUCAUGGAGAAAGUAAGAGUGAAGCUACUCGACUUUGAACGCUUCGAGCCCGGGACCGAGAAAUACGGACCUGUAGAUGCCGAGCUGGUCGGCGAGUCAGGACGGGGUGGAUAUUUCAUAUUCCAUGACAAUGAUCCUGAUAAAGCAGAGCCCCAUUGGACCGACUACCAUACCACACCCUAA